AUGGCCUUCGAUGGGUUAGUCGUUCCGGUGGACUGUCUUGGACUGUACCUCCGCGACCCCGACUUCCAGCAACUCGGACUCACCAAACGCCUGGCGUAUUUGGCCGCAGUCUUCCUGGUCUACAGAAUGCGGCUGUACUUUGCGUGGAUCGUGGGGGAGUGCGUGUGCGUUGGCGCGGGUCUGGGCGCCUACCCGGCGAUUUCAAGGCCCGUCGCGGGUCGUGGACCCACCGACCUCUUCGCCCUCCAUCGGUAUGCGCCCCGCUCACCUUCCACCACCACCACCACCACCACCACCACCACCACCACCACCACCACCACCACCACCACCACC